UUAAAGACGAGGUAUGUCUUGAAUCUCUAGCUGCAGUGUAGCUGAUCUUUCAACAAAUAUGGGCAAAGGUGGUAACAGAAACGCAAAUUCUGAAUUAACAGAAUAUACAUGGGAUGAGAUACGAGGACAUACAAGUCUGGUCGACCGGUGGCUGGUUAUAGACGGCCUGGUUUAUGAUAUAACGAACUGGAGCAAGAAGCAUCCGGGAGGAGCGAAAGUGAUGGGCCACUUUGCAGGGCAGGAUGCGACGGAAGCCUGGGCAGCACUGCAUAAUGACAAAGAAUUGGUAGCCAAAUAUAUGAAACCUCUUCUGGUUGGGAAAGUUAAAGAGCCAGGCAAUGUAAGUGAAAUAGAAGAGGAUAUGAGAUCUCUAAGGAAAGCAGCAGAGGACAUGGGUCUAUUCAAAGUCAAUCCUUGGUUCUAUGUGGCUCACUUCUUCUCCAUUAUUGCCUGUGAAGUCAUAGGGUACCUUAUCAUUGCCAAUUACGGAACCAGCUGGACAGCCUUCUUGGCAGCAUCCUUUUUUUUACUCAUUUCUCAGGGGCAGGCUGGCUGGACUCAGCAUGACUAUGGCCAUUUGUCAGUGUUCAAUAGUAGAAAAUUAAAUCAUCUGAUGCAUGAAGUUGUCAUUGGAGGGAUCAAGGCCGCAUCAUCACACUGGUGGAACUUCCGUCAUUUUCAACACCAUGUAAAGCCCAACGUGUAUGUGAAGGACCCAGAUAUAACCCUGCCUUAUGUCUUCUUACUAGGGGACAAAAUGCCUAGCUGGUGGGGCGAGAAGAAGAAGGGGUUUAUGCCGUACCAGUUCCAGCAUCAUUACUUCUUUCUUUUUGGACCUCCAGCCCUGCUUCCAGUGUAUUUUCACAUAGAGAAUUUGUAUUUUUUGUUUAAACGCAAAGAGUGGUGGGACCUGUUCUGGAUGUUAACCUUUUUCACACGUUGGUUCCACCUGUAUGGCCCCUACCUUGGAGGAUGGGGAACUCUGGGACUCUACUUCUUUGUCAGAUUUCUUGAGAGCCACUGGUUUGUGUGGGUUACUCAGAUGAACCACAUCCCUAUGGACAUCGACAAAGAUCAACAACGAGACUGGUUCAGCCAGCAGCUGGCCGCAGCAUGCAACGUGGAACCUGGUUACUUCAACGACUGGUUUACUGGCCAUUUGAACUAUCAGAUAGAACACCAUCUGUUCCCUACAAUGCCUCGUCAUAAUUACCACAAGGUGGCUCCACUAGUCAAGUCCAUGUGCAAGAAGCACCAGAUCCCAUACCUGUCAAAGCCUCUGCUAACUGCAUUUGGAGAUAUUGUGAGGUCCCUGAAGAAGUCUGGAAACAUAUGGCAUGAGGCAUACUAUGACAUGUAGAAAGUCAGUAGCAAUGAAAGAAAGGGAUAAAUAGUCAAUUUCAAACUGUGAUAUUUUCAUACCACCCCAUUUCCUCAUUAUACUCAUUGAACAGCCAGUUUUAUGAGAAACCUUUAAAAUAUGGGCAAUUUUCCAAGGCAUUGGCUUGAUGUCUGGCUCAAAAGUAAUGUGACAUUUUGAAAUGUGGCUGUAAACAGGCAUUUUUCUGCCAGCCUCUCCAUGGAAUGUUGGAUACAAAUUACCAGGUUGAAACUACUUAGAAAAAAAAGAUUGUAGUUAAGGCUCCAGUUUUUACAGAAAGUUACCAAAGUUAUUUUAUAAUAAAAAAAGACAAUUAUUCAAUAUUUGACUGUCAGAAGAGUGAAUUACUUUAUUUUACUCUUCAUUUUUGGAUGUUUGUUUUGCUGGUCAUUGUUAAAAUACUCAUUUGUGAUUUGCAGACCGCAGCAUUGUAUGCUAUUUACAAACAUUCCUGCUGAUUAUAUUUUUGAAGUAAUUUCCAACCUCUCAGCUUUUUGAAAAGUUUUGCUUGUUAUACUUUUUGCUUUUUUCAU